AAACUCAUAGGUCACAGUAAAAGUAUCAAAAGAUUUGUUUAUAACCUGUACAUUAUUUACUGGAAUAGCCAAUUUGAGGAACUGAAGUGCUCAAAGUUAAAUUGUUGUUACGAAAUGCAGUUUGCAGAGUUAAUUGUGUAGUCUCAGUAAAGCUCGAUGGCUAGAACGUACUGCACAUUGUGUAUUGUAAAGGCCCCAUUUGUAUAAAUAAUGAUAAAUGUUUAUAAACAUUUCAGCAUUAAUUUAUCUUUUUGAUUUUAACAGCAUUUAGAGUGAUUUGAUAAACCUACUUUCCUCAUAAGCAUAACCCAACAGACAAACGGACAAAACCCUCAACACCUGAACAGCUUUCCUCACAUUUGUGUUAAAAUGAGGAACUGAAGUGCUCAAAGUUAAAUUGUUACGAAAUGCAGUUUGCAGAGUUAAUUGUGUAGACUCAGUAAAGCUCGAUGGCUAGAACGUACUGCACAUUGUGUAUUAGCAACAUUGAAAUGUGUGAUGUGUCAGCGGUUGAAUGCAGUGACACCAGUGUUAAACAGUGGUCCUUAGAAAACAUUCCAGUAGAGAUUUUUCUUCAUAUAUGUUCAUAUUUGGAUGCAAGAUUUAUUACUCGUUCUUUAAGCUUGGUAUGUAAACGCUUCCAUGAAAUACUUUCUGACAUAACAGUAUGGAGAUCACGCAUUACGAAGAGGUGGGGUAAUGAAUAUCCUCCAGUUCCAGUGGAUACAGAUGCCUUUGACUGGAGACUAGCCUGUGUGUGUAUUGAAGAUCAGUAUGAAUUUUGGAAUAAGAAAGAUGUUCAAAUGAAGCCAAUAUUAAAAAGUGACAUCCAUUAUGCAGCUGUGAAUGCUGUACAUUUAAUGAAUUCUGGCUUGCUGUGUGUGUCCGGAUCAAGAGACCGUAGCAUUGUACUGUGGGAUCUGUCUAAUGUGGUGAAUGAUGACACAGAAGUUCCAUAUCAGAUAUCAUCAGAUGUCCACACAGGUUGGGUCUGGAAGUUUGCCUCUUGUGGUGAAACUGUGUACUCAUGCUCUUGGGACACAACUGUAAGGUCAUGGCAGCUCACUCCCAGUCUUCAACCAGUGUCUGUAUUUCAAUGUCGGACAGCCGUCCUCUCACUAGACUGUACAGCCAAUCUGGUGGCAGCUGGAACAUGGACGAGGGAUGUGAUGCUCUUUGAUACCAGGGUUGGACAAUCUGAGGUGAGCCUGUACAGAGCUCACCGGAGUGCUGUGUUAGCCCUGUCCAUGUUUGGCAACUUUAUUGUGUCUGCCAGUGAGGAUCAUACGUUAGCCGUGUGGGACCGAAGGGCAGAAAAAGUUCUGAAGCAACUAAACCUGUAUGCAGAUAAGGGUAAAGUGAAUGAUGUUCCCAUGUGCAUGUCAUUCAGCAACAACCUUAUUUAUGUCGGUGACUCAAAGGGAAACUUACAUCUCAUAAAUCCAGCUCAAGGGCAGUUCAAUAUUGUUGAUUCGUACAAAGUUGGGCACAGUGCACAGCUGACAUGCGUGCAGCAUGGAAUGGGCAGCAUCCUCACAAGUUCAACUGAUGGAACGGUUCGAAUAUCCACACCAACUCAGAGGCCAGAAACAAUUGCUGUCAUCAGUUCUCAGGUUGGGGAAGUAACAGGGUUUGACUACAAGAACGAUAUUCUAGUGGUUGGAGGCACUCAUAGUGCAUUGGAGUUCUGGCUGCCAUGUUCUUCAUAACCAUGUGGAGAAUAAAUCGACUCUCAGUCGUCAGCUGCGGCACAGAUCUGUGUGUUUUGAUAUUGGACUAUGAACAUGAAAGUCUUCAUUUCAUUGACUUUACUGGGAUUGAUACGGACUCUACGUUCACUGACAUUAAAAAUAGUUUUCAACAGUACUCGUAUAUUAACGAAAACCUGUCUUUUGUUAGAGUGAUGAUCAUACUUUUUGGAAAACGAUACUAAUUUGAAUAUGCCACAGGUAUAGGCAACUGUGUGUAUAUAUAUAUAUAUAUAUAUAUAUAUUACUGUCCAAUUGUAUUUGAAGGUAUGUAUCUCAUUCAUAUUCAUCAUUUUGUGCUGCAAAGGUUUAUUACAGAUGCACAAAGUAGCCAGAUGCCUCAAGUAUUAUAAAAAUGCAUAUAUUUAUAAAUUCAAGUAAAACUGUAUUAUCUUGUGAUUUUAUUGUCAUUUGUGUUUUAUGAAUUAUGCAGGUUUAAGUAUGUGGCCAUUACAUUUUCAUAAUGGAAUUCAGGGUGCUUACAGGUUGCCACACAUGUUUAUACAAAAAUACUAGUAAGGUUCAUCCUUGAACAUUGAAUUGAGAUGAGAUGUCACGGGAAAUUAUGUGACAAAGUUCAUGAAUCUGGAGAGAUUAUAUUUGCUAAUGGUAGCAGGUUUUGUUCGAACAUAGCACUAUCCAGUUUCAACAUACUCACAUGAUAGUACUGAUGUUAUUUCAUAUGUUUAUUUUGUGGUGAAUAUUUUCAUAUGCAGGACGUGGACUAGUAUUGCAGUUGGCUUCCUUUUGUUUUGUUUGACCAUCUCACCUUUUGUUUUACAAGAGGAUUGUUUCCAUGGAAAUUAUCUGAAGACUGUAAUCUUAACACUGAAAUAGCAUUUCAGCUUGAUUUCACAUUUAUGAAGAUUUAAUGAAGGUAGUUGUAUUACUGACAUUCAUUUGUUCCCAAAACUGUGUAAGUAUUCCCCUCAGACAUUUUCUACUAUGGCCAAAUUAUGUAUUGAAUGUUUCCAUAAGACUCGCUUAUUAUAUGAACUAAAACAAUUAAGUUCAUCUACAAAGGCCAUACACAUGUCUUAAGCAAUCUAAUAUAUCCGUUCCAGAUUGUUGUUUUUGCAUUUCUGCAAUCUGCUGACACUGGUGAUUUUCUUGUAGUCAGUGUAUAAUGUACUGUGUUGGUUAUACCUUUUCAUCGAAUUAUGAGCAGAAGUUAGAAAGUAAGCUUAUGAGGCAUGUUUCUUGAAGUGAUGCACUAGCUUCUGCCUGGAUAAUACCACAUAAUUUUAUGAUUUGUAAAUUAUUUUUCUACCACAUCUCUGUGAAGACACAGAUAUCAAUAUAACAUCAUAUUCUUAUCAUUGCUGUUUUCACAUCUUUUAAAAAA